AUGCAAGCAGCAGCAGUAAAACAACCAGAAGUCACUAAAACUCAACCCUGCAAUGUACCGAUCAAGGCAAGCUCUGCGGGAUUCCCUGUAUCUCGAUGCGCCGACAAAUCUAAAACUGACUACUCCAUAAUACGAGGAAAAACCGUGCUUGUUAGUCCAACCGAAGAACAAUACGAAGCGCUAUGUACAAGGUUGAGAGAGAGAAUUGGUGAUAAUCGUGGCGAGACGGUAUAUGAAAUUGGUGUCGGAGAAGAUGGUAGCGAGAGUGGAUUAGAUGCAGAAGAAUAUGCGGCAUCAUUAGCUACUUUGCAAUCUUUGGCUGCAAUGUUGAACGCGGAAUGUGUUGAAUUGCGGCUUCGAAAAGGUGAGAAAGGUACAACUGGGCAGUACUUAAUCCGUACGAAGGUUGACGAUAAUGAUUUCACUGAGAUACGCGUAGCAGUAGUAGGUAACGUUGAUGCCGGAAAAUCCACUCUCCUUGGAGUGUUAACACAUGGUGAAUUGGACAAUGGUAGAGGUUUUGCAAGGCAACGAUUAUUUCGUCACAAGCACGAAAUUGAAAGUGGUAGGACAAGCUCCGUUGGUAAUGAUAUUUUGGGUUUUGACAGUCUCGGCAAUGUCGUAAACCAACCAGAUCACGGAACAUUAGACUGGGUAAAAAUAUGCGAAAAAUCGGCCAAGGUUAUCACGUUUAUCGAUCUUGCUGGCCAUGAGCGAUACUUGAAGACAACGGUUUUCGGCAUGACAGGUCAUGCACCGGAUUUUGGAAUGCUAAUGAUUGGAGCCAAUUCAGGAAUAGUUGGAAUGACAAAAGAACAUUUAGGUUUAGCUCUAGCCCUUUCAGUUCCAGUAUUUGUAAUUGUUACAAAAAUCGAUAUGUGUCCGCCAAAUGUAUUGCAGGAAAAUUUAAAACUUUUGUAUAAAAUUCUAAAGUCACAGGGAUGUCGUAAAGUACCCGUAAUGGUGAAGACAACUGACGAUGUUGUACUCAGUGCAACUAAUUUUGUUUCUGAACGAUUGUGUCCUAUAUUUCAAGUUUCUAAUGUAACUGGAGAAAACCUAAAUCUGUUAAAAAUGUUCCUCAACCUUCUAACAGUACGUACAACAGGAAAUGACGGCUUGCCGACUGAGUUCCAAAUUGACGAUACAUAUGCAGUGCCGGGAGUUGGCACUGUUGUUUCCGGAAUAACUCUUCAAGGUGUAGUACGUCUAAAUGAUGUACUUUUACUUGGACCAAAUCCACUGGGUGACUUUCAACCAAUUACGAUCAAGAGUAUUCAUCGGAAGCGAAUGAUUGUUCGAGAGGUUCGAAGUGGUCAAACUGCAAGUUUUGCUUUGAAAAAAAUCAAAAGAUCCCAGAUUAGAAAGGGUAUGGUACUAGUUAGUGCAGAAAUUAAUCCUCAAGCUUGCUGGGAAUUUGAUUGCGAAAUACUAGUGCUACAUCAUCCCACAACUAUAUCGAGUAAAUACGGGCGUUGGUCGGCGAUGGUGCACUGCGGUAGUAUCCGUCAAACGGCACAGAUUCUACAAAUGUCGAAAGAAUGCUUACGAACUGGUGAUAAAGCCGUUGUUCGAUUUCGUUUCAUAAAGAAUCCCGAAUAUAUGAAACCUGGUCAAAGAAUGGUAUUUCGGGAAGGUCGCACAAAAGCUGUUGGAAAUGUUAUAACCCCACUAUACACACCCGGUUCUGUACAACAGCGUUCAAAGCCCAACAAAAUGCAAAGCCGUAGUUCAGCUUCAACGCAACAGCAGAAUGCACAGAAACCUUUAUCCAAAGGCACAAGUGAAAUUAUUACGGAUUCGUCGUCAACACUGACUAGCAGCUCCGUUUUACUGGAUAUUGGCACCGAUAAACGAAACAUCCGACUGAGCAAUGUACAUAAAAAGCAUCGAGGAAGAGCAUCUUCCAGUAACACAAUGUCAGGCGUAAACUCCGCAGACCUUAUAGAUUCGCCCACAUCCUCUCAACAAAAUUCGUUCACUAACGAAGCUAUCUCUAUUAUAUCUAAUUAAGAUAAAUCAAAACGAAUCCUACGAUUUGGCUGAAAUGCAAACUAUAGUUUUGUUAUGGGGUGAUGUAGAAUUGUCUUGAGAAUAUUUGAAAUUUAAUUACAUCGACUUCUUCUUAACCUAUAUGACCUUACCGUAUAUUGUUUUAAUAUUUUCUAGUUAAACGAAAGUGUUAUAAUUCAAGUAUCCAUAAUUCAGACUGUACCCCGGAAUAAAAUUGUACCCUGAAGGGUAUAUUAUUUUUUAUAACAGAAACAGUACAUUUUGAAUUCUACUGGAGAAAUAUAUUUUUGUUGAGCAAUACGAA